GAGGGAAGAAGCGCUGCGAUGGCGGAGGAGAGCAAGGGGGGUUACAGCGAGCAUGAUGACCGCGUCGGGGGCAGAGGUUUUUCGGGCCGCCGAAAGAAAGGCCGCGGUCCUUUCCGGGGCAAAAUGUACAGCGAAAUGAAUAACCGCAAUUCCCGGAACCGGGGGGGACCCCCGAACGCCCGGCAGCGACCGGAGGAGGACGACGGGGACGUGGCCAUGAGCGACGCUCACGAUGCUCCGCGGGGCCGAUAUUUGCCCUAUGGGCCGAGGCCGACCCGCGCCCCCCACCUGACGGUGCGUCGCGAUCUCCCCCCCGGGGAGCGGAGCAGCGGCGCCGCACGCGAUGGUGGUCGCAGGAAUUGGUUCAAGAUCACCAUCCCAUAUGGGAAGAAAUACGACAAGACGUGGCUGCUCAGCUCCAUCCAGAACCUCUGCAGCGUUCCCUUCACGCCCGUUGAGUUCCAUUACGACCACAACCGCGCACAGUUCUACGUGGAGGAUGCCAGCACGGCCAGCGCCCUGAAGCAGGUGUCCCGGAAGAUCACUGACCGUGAUAACUACAAGGUGGUGAUCAUCAUCAACUCGUCCGCUCCUCCUCAGUCGCUGCAGAAUGAGCUGAAAGCAGAGGAAAUCGAGCAACUGAAGGUUUGCAUGAGUAAGAGGUACGAUGGUUCACAGCGGGCGUUGGAUCUCAAGGGCCUUCGUGUUGACCCAGACCUGGUGUCGCAGAGCAUCGACGUGGUGUUGAACCAGCGCAGCUGCAUGAUGGUGGUGCUGCGCAUCAUCGAGGAGAACAUCCCCGAGCUGCAGUCCCUCAACCUGAGCAGCAACAAACUCUACCGCUUGGACGACCUCUCGGAGCUGGCCCAGAAAGCUGCUGGCCUGAAGAUCCUCGACCUCUCGCGCAACGAGCUGAAGUCGGAGCGUGAGCUGGACAAGGUGAAGGGCCUGAAGCUGGAGGAGCUGUGGUUGGAUGGCAACCCCCUGUGCGACACUUUCCGUGACCAAUCCUCCUACAUCAGCUCCGUCAGAGAGCGCUUCCCGAAGCUGCUGCGCCUGGAUGGCCAUGAGCUCCCUCCCCCCAUCGCCUUCGAUGUGGAGGCUCCCGUCACGCUGCCGCCCUGCAAGGGCAGCUAUUUUGGUUCCGACGACCUGAAGGUGCUGGUGCUGCGCUUCUUACAGCAGUAUUACUCCAUUUACGACUCCAGUGACCGGCAGGGUUUGUUGGAUGCUUAUCACGACGGCGCCUGCUGCUCCCUCAGCAUUCCCUUCGGCCCCCAGAACCCCCCCAGGAACACACUGAACGAGUACUUCAAGGACAGCCGCAAUGUGAAGAAGCUCAAAGACCCCACCAUGCGAUUCAAGCUGCUGAAGCACACGAGGCUGAACGUGGUGGCCUUCCUGAAUGAGCUGCCCCGCACACAGCACGACGUCAGCUCCUUCGUGGUGGAUGUCUGUGCACAGACCAAUACGCUGCUGUGCUUUGCUGUCCACGGGAUCUUCAAGGAAGUGGACGGCAAAUCCCGCGACUCAGUGCGCGCCUUCACCCGCAUGUUCAUCGCCGUGCCGGCCGGCAACACCGGGCUGUGCAUUGUUAACGAUGAGCUCUUCGUCCGCAACGCCACGGCUGAGGAGCUGCGCCGCGCCUUCGUCAUGCCGGCCCCCACGCCGUCCUCCAGCCCCGUGCCCACGCUGGCGGCCGAGCAGCAGGAGAUGUUGGCAGCCUUCGCCAUGCAGUCUGGCAUGAACCUCGAGUGGUCCCAGAAGUGCCUGCAGGACAAUGACUGGGACUAUGGACGUGCCGGGCAGGUCUUCACCCAGCUUAAGCUGGAAGGCAAAAUCCCGGAAGUGGCAUUCCUCAAAUAAGGGGGGGGGGGGGGGCCCUGUUGUCGUCCCCCUCUUCGUUCCGCCCCGGUUGCUGCGUUUUAUUGACCCCCCCCUCCCCCACAUCCGGGACGACCCCCACCUCCCCUUCCCCCCCCCCCCUCACUCCCGGUUCACCGCUUUUCUGUUUUGUAAAUAAUUAAAACCGGUUUCGAGUCUGA